AUGGAGCAGCAAAAUGGCAGGCCACGCUGGCGCAAGAAGCGUUCCGCCGACAGUAGCGUCGAGGCUGCGCAGGACGCCGUGCCUGCCAACCGUCGACCAAACAGCAUCGGCGGUGACACUGCACCCACCAAGGUGGUGGCUAUGGACUGCGAGAUGGUGGGAGUGGGACCCGGCGGGCAGCGGUCUGCGCUGGCCAGAGUGUGCAUCCUGAACAGUGCUGGCAAUGUGCUGCUUGACCGCUGGGUGCGGCCCAAUGAAAAGGUCACGGACUUUCGGACCAAAGUCAGCGGUGUGCGGCCCUCCAAUCUCCGCGACGCCCCCGUUUUUGACGAGGUGCAGCGACAGGUGUCAGACCUGCUGAAGGGGCGCAUCAUCGUAGGGCACGCACUGGAGAAUGAUUUGGAGGCUCUGCUGCUGAACCACCGCCGCGCAGACGUGCGCGACACGGCCAAGUACCCGCCACUGAUGCAGGCUCGCACCGGCAAGCUGAAGCCACGUGCGCUGCGGCACCUGGCCACGGAGCAGCUGGGGCUAACCAUCCAAGAGGGCGAGCACAGCCCUGUUGAGGACGCAAGAGCGGCCCUGUAUCUGUAUUUGAAGCAUCGGAAGGAGUGGGAAAGAGGGGGGCAGCAGGGGCGGAAGGAGCAUCUGCACUCAGCAGCUGCAGCAGUCGGGGCUGGCGGCCUGGGAGAACGCAGCAUCGCCGGCAGUAACUAA